UUUGGUGAUGAAGUGAAGUCAGUGUCAGUGAUGGAGGCAGAUUCUGUUACUCUACACACUGAUAUUACUGACAUACAGAGCGCUUAUAUGAUCUUGUGGAGGUUUGGGUCACAAGAGACUCUCAUAGCUAGACUCAAUAGAGAAGCCAAUAAGAUCUCACUAUUUGCUGAUGUUCUUGACGGGAGAUUUAGAGACAGACUGCAGUUAAAUAAUCAGACUGGAUCUCUCACUAUCACAGACAUCACAACCAAUCAUUCUGGACUUUAUCAAAUGACCAUCAGCGGCAAACAGAAGACCUCAUACAGAUUCAGUGUUACUGUUUAUGCUAAUCUGCCAGUUCCUGUCAUCAGCAGAGAUUCUUCACAAAGUUUAUCAUUAAGCUCAAAUUGUUCAUUAUUGUGUUCUGUGAUAAAUGUGAGAGAUGUGAGUCUGUACUGGUACAAAGGAAACAGUUUAUUGUCCAGCAUCAGUGUGUCUGAUCUCAACAACAACAUCUCUCUUCAUCUGAAGUGUCUGGAUGAUUCUUACAGCUGUGUGGUGAACAAUCCCAUCAGUAAUCAAACUCAACAUCUCAAUACUGAUCUCUGUCAAACGUGUUCAGCUCUCACCUUCAUUCAUAAAGUUGUGAUAUCAUCUUCUGUUGGAUUUCUGAUGAUAGCUGCGGUUCUGAUCUUCUGCUUCUGCAAGGAACACAGAAAGACACAUCAGCAGGUUAAAUGAAGUGCUAAUAUAACAUAAGGACAUUUCUUUCGCAUAUAUGCAUUUAAAAUAUAUAACUUUUAUUUUAAAUUCAUUUGAUCAUCCAUUAAUGAUAUUUUGCACAACUUUUUUUCUGUAGUUUUUAAAUAUCAUGUUCUGUAUUGUUUUCAGAAGUAUACAGGUCAAUUGCAAGGGUUUUAUAUGGCAAUGUUAUUAUAAUAACACUUUUUGAAUCGGUUUCUAAUCAGAUGAAGGCAUAGUAAAAAUCGUAAUACCAAAAUGAAAUAGCAAAAGUUAGUGAUUAAUAAAAAUGGUUUAAAAAGAAACGCAAAGUAUGUUUUGUGUUUUAUUUUUGUCACUGAAUGUAUAUGACACCUUUAGCUUCAUUUCAAGUGAAACCCGGUGUGGCUUUAUUCUUUAGGCAUGGAAAGUCGUGUGGUUUUGUUGUGCUGGUGGACAUGAGAUGUGUGAUUGUGGGUGCAUUGUGUGUUUAUGCAAGUGGUGUGAACAGUACGUGA